CUGAAAGAGUGCGACAAACAAAGACAAUCGUCGUGUCAGGUCAUUUCCUCUUCAAACUUAUUUGACAGAGCAGAGAAUUUCAGGUCAGAAUAGAAAAAAGGAAAAUGAAGACGACGUUUGUGUGCAACGAAUCGAUGGUCAUCUCUAUUCCCAUCAGGAAACUAAACGAUGCUGGAGCGGCUGACCUGAUGCCAGAGAAAUUCAACUGUGUGUUCAAGGACUCCUACAAGAUCUUUGUUAUCAAUGGGAAACCUAAACCUCUGGGAGCAGCUCAAGCCAUCGCUGGUGUGUUUCUUUGCACUCUUGGUCUGAUUGUGAGAGGAGAAAUGCUGAUCUACACUGUACCCUGUGCUCUGUUUGUGGUCUCUGGUUUGCUGUCCUAUGCUGCAGGAAAAGGUCCGCAUAUGGGUGUGGCAAAGCUGUCGUUCUCUCUGAACAUCAUCAGCUUCUUCUGGUCAGUUGCAGCGUUCGCUAUCAGCUUGAUCCACUUACUCAAUCCAUAUCAUUACUGGCCCCAUUUCACGGUGUUCACAGGAGUCAAUGGGCUGAUAAUGAGUCUGCUGGUUGUUGAAUGUUUCCUCGCCCUCUUCUUGAUCUUCUGGUUAAGUAAAGCUGUUUGCAGGCAACACUUCAACACUUUGCCCAUCAUACUGCUGAAACAUGGAGACUGAAAUAAAAGACUUGAUGGAGCUCAACACACCAACCGACCAUGUUUAAACUUUUAACUUCCUGGUUGUGUAAAAAGUGCAUAUCAGCCCAUCAGUGUAUUUCACUACACUGAUGGGCUGAUAUAUCCCUGAGCGCAUGCUGUAAAAAAAAAAGCAACUUCAUAACAACCUAAUGCUUUUGGUUUUUACAAUUACAUGUUUUAUUGUCUUUUUAAAAAAUCACAUCCAUGUAAAUAAAAGAAACAAAAAGGACGGAGAACACUUUUAGAUCAUAUCUGAAACCUACAUAUUCCACACGGGCUCUGGUAAAUGACUAUAGAUUGAUUAUUGAUUCCUGUGGUAGCCUGUGUGUUCUGCCCAAAAAAAUGUAAAGACUUAAAGAUGUGUCUUAAGAUUUCAGUGACCCACUGUGGAUAUUCUGUUGAGUAUUGACUCACAUUGUGUACUUGAUUUUUUAAAAAUCUGGCUUGUAUUCCUGGAUUUUAUUUCAUUUGACUUUAUGUUUGGCUUCAGAUUAGUGAAUUACUCUGGACGGGUUUUAUCUCGUUUAAAAAAAUCAAAGAUUCUCAAGCUGACAGAUACUGUACAUUUUAAUAUGUGAUUAAAUACCUUUUAAUUCUU